AUGACAAGUUUUACGACCAAAGUCACCGAUACGGGUUGGGCCCAAUCCUCACCACCAGCUAUCUCUGGUACUGUCACCCCUGCCAAAAAGGUCCGAACUCGACAAACUGGCACUGCAUGGACACGUUCCGGCUGCCUAACCUGUAAAAAGCGUCGCAAAGCCUGCGAUAAGGCCAAGCCGAGCUGUAAUAAUUGCAAAAAACAAGGCCGACCUUGCGAGGGCUAUGGCUCUCUGUGGGCGGAGCCUCUAGGCCCGUCCGCGCAGAUUUUCAAAUCAAACGAUGCCACUAAUUCCACUGCUAUCUCGAAAUCAACAUCAAAAAUUGAAUCUUCACCUUCAAUUCCUCUAUCACCAUCGUUAUCACCAUUGUCCAACGCAUGGCUAGAGGCACAGUCAUAUGUCUCUAUAUCCCCAAGUGGAUCUAUUCCGUCGUCACCACGGUCUUGGUUGAGCCAGACUGAUAUAGAUCAAAAUCACGACCAACUCGAACGACAUAAUCAAGGUACUGGGGCAUUGGAACAGUCACUAGCAGUAGUCCCACGGCCACAGAAUUAUGUCAGUCAUUUAUCAGAUCACGAAUCACACUAUCUCCAAUAUCACGUCCAACAAGGUUCUCGCCUUCUCGCCAAUCUCGAGAGCGACGACAAUCCGCUUCGAUCAUUGCUCAUUCCGCGAGCAAUGUCAUCUCCACUUCUUAUGAGAGCCGUAUGCGCAAUCUCUGCACUUCAUCUCGCCAACCGUUCCCAAGGCUUCAGCGCACAAACUGCUUCAGCAACCUUUUAUGGUAGAACCCUGAAUGGGCUUCGUUCGGAGAUUGUUGGAUCGUCACCAGAGGACCUGUCAGAUAAUACCAUGCUGGCAGUGGGUCUACUAUGCAAAUAUGAGAUUGUUCGAGGCAGCGUCAAACAAUGGGUUGUGCAUCUCAAUGCGCUUCAGCGCCUGAUCACCACCCGCGGAGGCCUGCAUUCAAUGGAUCCAGAUGCAGCGCAUUUCUUAAGAGGACUAUAUUUGUAUGCAUAUAAUAUGGCCCGGAUCAGCAACCGCAGGCGAAUCACUGCUGCAGAACCCUCUCCGGCAGAAACAGACCUCGGCGCGCCUAGACUGGAUAUCUACAUCGGAUACACCGAGGAGAUCCUCGGUCUAUGCGCACGCAUCGCAGAGCUUCCAUCCUUGGGAGAUGAUAUAAUAUCCCUGCGUCUGGCAAUAGCCUCAAUAAAUGAAUCACUCCUCACCUGGUCUCACACUUCCAUCCCUUAUACUAUUCCCCAAGGCCUUACUUCCGCAUCACUCGCGCGCCUCCAGCUCGUCGCUGAAUGUUUCCGCGAUGCAGGAUUCAUCUACCUGCACUCAAUCCUCGAUCACAUGAGCAUCAAACAAAUAAGCAAAGAUUCUUCUUCCGAGCUAUAUGCUACACACUGGGCAUCUCUUAUUUCCAUCCCAAAGUCUACUGCUGUGCAUCGCUGCCUUGAGCGCGUGCAAACUUUCCCUUUGGAUGAUCAUUGCGAGUAUUCGGCUCUCACGUUCCCACUGUUUAUUGCCGGGGCUGAGAGUGAUGUGUUCGCACAUCGAAGUCUUGUCACUCAAUCGCUUGCAAAAUUGCAGAAUAAUUUUGGCAUUGGAAAUGUCAAGCGUGCGGCGGAGGUGCUUGGGAUCUUGUGGGCAAGAAAGGAUGCGAAUACUCUGAAUGAGGCUAUUCAGACAGAGCUAGGUCCGAAACUGGAUGUGCAAACCUCGCACUGGCUGGAUAUUUUGGAGGAGUUGAAGUGGGAGUUGAUUCUUGCAUGA